AUGUGCCUUCAGCUGUCUCCGAUGAGUCAGUCCGUGCUCAACAGCCUCGGUGCAAGCCCUAGUGCCGUAGCUACAAAAUCUCACAGGUUACCGAAGAAAGCGAGCCGCCGCUUGAUAUUUUGCUCUUGGCGCUUGACCAAGAGUGGAACGAGAGCCAUCCUGCCUCGACAAGAAGCACAAGCGCAAAGUGCUGCACCGGUAGUGCAGACUGUGGAAGAGCGCAGGCCCUCUCUCAACAAGUACCACACAAUUUUGCGAGAGACUCUCGAAACCGUGUUUACAACCGAGUGCAUUAUCCUGACUGCCUACUUGGAGACCCUCAUUCCGUUCUUUUACGCCAGUUACAUGUUGGUGAUGGCGCAUUUACCGAGCGCUUUUUAUCAUACGGAAAUGACUGCUAUUACGCAGGAGACUGUGGUCUCAACGGUGUCCCCACUACUCGUUUUUGGACUUCUCCAAGUCGGAACCUUUGCCAUGCUCGCUGCGUUGAUCCGACGGAACUGUGGAAUGUCAGCUUUGUACCAGCUUGCAUUUGUGCUUGAGGCGCACAUGCCUCUAGUCCAAUGCAAAAUACUCCUCUGGAUGAUUAUCACACUGUGCUUUCGGGUAAAACAUUUCGGUAAGUAA